AGUAAUCGCGCGCGGUCGGUCGCGGUGCUCAGUCGGUGGUUGUUCGGGACGAAUGGGCGCGUCCACGAAGUGCGGGGUAACGAUGGAGGCUGUGUUAAUUGCGACGAUCGAGUGAUACAUACCGUGUGUAUACACGGGGAUCGUGUCCUGGAUUUGUGGCUCGCGUAUCCCCUUCGCGCGUGUCUCCUACUCCCUUCCCCUGUGACUGCACCCCUGCUUUUGUGUGCGUGCGUGUCCCUCUAAUAUAAUGGUCAUUUAGCAUUUCGUAUUAAAAGAAGUAAAGCUAAAAAUUGGAAAGAAAGAAAAGAAAUAGUGCAAUAGAACAAAGAAAGGUACAAGAAACGAAAGAAUGUCAUCCACAUAGUCAAAUCGAGGCGACCGAAGAAAGAAGCAAGCAGGUCGAAUACGGUGCAGUGGUUACCCUGAGUCGUUGAGGAAAAAAAACAGGAAGACGAUGCAAAGGAAUCUAAGCUCGUAACAGAAAGAACGCCUGGCCCGAAGGCGUUAAACCGGGAAGAGUAUAAUCGGGGUACGAAGCGAUGUACGCAGCUGCGGGUGGCGCCAGUAUAGCGAAUAGGAGGAAGCAGAAGCGAUUACAGCUAAACAAACGUGCCGCCGAGGGUACGAUCCCGUCACGACUGAAGACGAUUCCAGCUUCUCAGCACCACUACCACCAUCAACACCAUCACCCCAGCAAGUUUGCUCGUCCGCACGUUGUUCCACCAUCUUCCACACCACAGCCACAGCCACCAUCAUCUGCAUUCCAUCCGAGCAUCGAUCGACGGCGUCAUGUCGAGAAGUGUCAGCAGGUUGCACCUGCUUCCCCAAUCCAGUUUCCAAUAUCGCCACCACCGCUCUCCCUUGAGUCACCUAGUUCAGUUACAUGCGCCACUAAAUCCAAUAAUUUUCCUUUUCCACCACCAUCGAUCCUUGAUCUCCGAGUUUCGCCAUCUUCUUCAGAGCUACAGUGUAGCGGAGGACCUGGAAAAGCAGCAUGGCAGGGAUGCAGCAGACCUUCUCCCCUUCCUUUAUCUCCUAUGUCACCCCAUGGAUGUCGUGGGGAUGGUUACAAAACAAAGCAAUGCGAGGCUCAUCGACGAUGGAUGAAAAGGAACAGGAUAAGAGAUGCAAGUUAUUGCUAUGGAAGCAGUGGAGAAGAUGACGAAGAAGAUGGAAGCAGUAAUGCAAACCGUCGUAGAGGUGAAGUUAGUGCGGCAGUGAAUACCGUACUUUAUGCGGGGCUGGGAACUACAGCGCUCGGAUUAGUUAUAUCGUUUGUCGGCACUGGAGAGAAAGGAUUCCUCAGUCCGGAAUUGAGGCUGGUGGGUCCUUCGCUACUGUGCGCCGGUUUACUGUGUUGCCUAUUUCGGGUGCUGCUCUGCCUCUGUUUAUGUCGUUGCGGUCAAUGCCGCUGGCGGUUUUGUCACGUUGCUUCUGACAAGAAAGAGAAAGUGAGGAAAACGGAAGCUAGACCCGUUGGAACAUUGCCUACCGCCUCACUUUUAUCACCAGUGCAUCAACAACAGCAACAACAGCAAUCGGCCAUACCUACAAGUGGCGUUGCAUCAUCAUCAACAAAAGCACAUGAGCUCUUGCUCUCUCCUGCCCAAUUACCAGAGUGAAAACACCAUUACGAACGUUUUCUACGAAAUCUACACGCCGAUUAACUGCCGGUUCUUGUCCAAUAUAGAAUAUCUUAUCUCCAUUCGACCUGAACCGUUUUCGCAAACGAAAGAAAAACAACAAUCACAGCCUAUUUCUAGUUUAAAUGCGAAUUCUAGUGCUUAAAAUAAUAGUUAAAUAAACAAUCGCCUAUGUUUUUC